GUUAAUUAGACACCGGUUUGAAGAUUCAAACACAGUGAAGAUCUGCUGCGGUGCUGAGAGGAGCAACGUGGCUGGAAAAAAGGGACAACAGAGAAAGUAGAAAAACCAGAACAACUUGAAGGUCGCGGUGGAUUGUUAUCACAGUUUGACACAGUCAGUCUCAGAUCAUGGUUCAGCACACCAAUCCUGCGGGGGCGGGGAUUCACACCGGGUCCCGCGAGGCGACUGAUCUCGAGGAAAGCGAGCCGUUAGCAGCUUCAGCCUGCAGUCCAGCGCCGCUGAAGCCGGACUGGUGUAAAACAGCCUCUGGUCACAUAAAACGACCCAUGAAUGCGUUCAUGGUGUGGUCCAAAAUCGAGAGGAGGAAGAUUAUGGAGCAAUCUCCGGAUAUGCACAACGCGGAGAUCUCUAAGCGUCUCGGGAAGCGCUGGAAAAUGUUAAAAGACACCGAGAAGAUUCCUUUUAUCCGGGAGGCGGAGCGGCUUCGGCUAAAGCACAUGGCCGAUUACCCUGACUACAAGUACCGGCCCAAGAAGAAACCCAAGACGGACGGGUGUGCCUUUCCUGCAGGGAAGUCAUCCGCUCAGUCCCCGGAGAAGGCCAGCAUCAGACCGGUCAGUAAAAAUCCCGCCGCCGCCAAGAAAUUCUCCAAGUUGAAACCCAGCAAACCGGUGGUCGGGUCCGGCAGGGCAGGCGGCCACCUCCCGCAACACCAGCAUCCGGACCCCCGGUACCGGUACGUGUUGACCACCAGCUUUAAAAGCGUUAAACGGGAUUUCACUGACGACGAAGAGGAGGAGGACGACGAAGACGACUCCUCUGAGGAGGAGGAGGAGGAGGAGGAGGAAUUCAAAGUGGAGGAGGAUGAUGAACCGUCCCGGUACAGUCUCGCCAAAGUGCCGUCCACUCGGAAUCCGAGCUCCACCGAGCCGGACGGGACCAGCAUGUCCGGUCGGCUCUUCUACAGCUUCAAAAACAUCACCCGGCAGGGCGCCAGCACCUCCUCCUACCCGGCCUCCCUCUCACCAGCAUCCUCGUCCCGGUCCGGCUCCACCUCGUCCUGCUGCGGGGAGGAUUUGGACGACAUCCCCGCUGAGGGGGCGGACCUCGCCCUGAGCUUCGUGGGCGGCUUCAGCUCUUCGUCCGACCCGUGGAACUGCUCCUCCAGCGCAGCCACGGGGAACCUGAGCCUGUCUCUGGUGGAUAAAGACUUGGACUCGUGCGGCAGCGAGGGCAGCCUCGGCUCCCACUUCGACUUCCCGGAUUACUGCACCCCGGAGCUCAGCGAGAUGAUCGCCGGGGACUGGCUGGAGGCCAACUUCUCGGACCUGGUGUUCACUUACUGAACCACUCACUGGGGGGGGGGUUAUCAUUUUCACCCGCCUGCCCCGGAGCCGGUUCUGGAGGGUCACGGAGAUCCAGAGUCAGUCAGGGGGCGGGGAGGCGUGGCCGCUGCUGUCCGGGCUCAGCGCACGCGGGAGGGUGGGUUACUUUCAGCCUGGACUCGGAUUUACUGCAAAGAUUAAGAAAAUAAAAUGACGCCAACAGGGUUUUAUGGAUUUCCUUUUUGUGUUGUUGGGUCUGAACCAGCACCCGGACUAUGCAUUCCCACACAGACCCACACCGAACUGUUAGCAGGACUUGAGGAUUUUCUGUUUUUUUAAUGUCAUAUUUUUGGGUUUUGCUGCAGCUCGUGUAAAAACCCAAAGUGAGCACAGGUGUGACAAGAAGCAGUUUUUUAUAUUUCCAGAACCAAACAUACCUCAUCUUUUUAAAAAUAUUCAGAAUAAAACUAUUUUCAGGCUUAUUUUUGUACAGUCAAAGGGAAUGUCAGGCACUUCUUCUUCCACUGUUACCACGGAUAUUUUUUGUUACUGAGCAUGUGAGGGUCCAACCCCCGCCAGCCUGCCUUGCUUUAAUGCCUUGCAGUUGUUUUAAAGAGUGUACAGACAGAUGUUUACUGGGAGGACUGGUCAGACUGUGUGUGUUGUGUCAGAUAGGUCAAGCUUAGGACUUAAUGUAUUUGGAUGUGAAUGAGUCGGUGACAGCAGAGAGAACCUGGGUUUUCUGUUUAUUUUAGUAUCACUUCAUCAGCAGCACGUUUGUUUUUGCUCAUUAUUUUUGUGCAAUAUAAAAGAAAAAAGGGGAAAAAAGUGAAAGAUUCGUUCUGAGUUUGUUUGUAGCAGAUGAGAAACUGCUGAACUUGUCCUUUAUGAUAAAGUCUGGAUGUGAGUGAAUAAAUCA